AUGACCUGGAAAGUAUUGCUGCUGUCCUUAGCAGCAGCGACGACAGCGUUUCCAGUAGACAUGGAAAAUGUAACAGAAGAAAUGAAAGCAACACAAUUCGAAAAGGAGCUACUGACCAUAUCAUAUAUACAAGACUUCAAAAAGAUGAUGUCUGAUUACGUGAAAUCCCAAUACACGAACCUCACGAUAAACGACAUGGAAAUAAUUAAUAAUAUUUUAGAAGAGUUCCUUCAAAAUUUCGGCUCUGACCUCCAUAAGAUUAUAGUGAAUGGUGAAAAGGAGGAAACGCCAGUUAUCAACGAUGGUAUACCAGAUUCAACGUUUGAUGACGUCAAGAAAUGCGUCAAAAACGAAAUACCCGAUAUAAACGAUGACACUGCUGAUCAAAUUGUGUUCAAAUUAAGAGAGAAUUUGUUCAAAACGAGGCAGAAAUUAGACGAUAUUAUAAGAAUGAGGAUGGACAUUGAAAAUUCUAAUUGA